AUGGUCGAGAGGCUGAAGGUGGAGCUCGGGGAGCAGCUGGCCGCGGCGGGCCGCCUGGCGGAGCGCGGCGCCAUCGCCAGCCGCCUCACAGCGCUGGUGGGCGGCGGCGCGCCCCCCAUGCCAGGGGAAACCGUGCUGCAGGGAUUCUUGUUGGCUGUGGCCAUGUCGGAGCUCUGCCGGUCGGCGCUGGCGCCGCUGCCAGAUUUGGCCGCCGACCCCAUCGUGGCCUGCCCUGUGGCCGUCACCCUCGGGUACCUCAAAGGAGUGCUCCCAGACGGCGCCGCCUCAGAAUGGGUCGCCGCCAUCGCCCGGCGCGCCUUCUCAUUACAUUUGCGACGCCUAGAGGCCCUGCGGUCGCUGCAGGACGCGCCCGCCGCUGCCUGGGGCGGCUCCGGGGCUGCGGGGCGUGCGGCUGCUGCGGCGGGUGGGGAGGGGUGGGGCGGCGCGGCGGGCGCGCUUGAGUAUGCGGAGCAGCUGGCUGUGGCGCUGGUGGCGCAUCUGGGGGAGGGGCCCGCGGCGGCCGCCGGGGCGGCCGGCGGCGGGAGGGAUAGAAAGAGGGGCGCCGCGGCGCCGCAGGAGCUGGGUCCGCUCGCGGACGAGCUGCUCGGGCGGCUGCUCGGCAGCUUCCCGGGGCUGCUGCACGGCCGCGCGCUGCUGCGCGCGCUGCUGGCGCAGCUGCAGAGGGAGGAGGGGGACGCGUCGCUGCGCGCGCCCGCGGCGCCGGGCAGGGGCGCUGUGUGGGCGAGGACGCGCGCCGUCGUGCGGGCGGCGGCGGACAUAGCGCCUGCGGCGGCGGAGGCGCUGGUGCACUCCUUCCUAGGCGGCGGCGGCCUGGUCCCGGCGACGGCCUCGCCGCCCGGCGGCCUUGGGGCUGCCGGCAAGGGCCGGGCGACCCUGCUGCCCGCGCUGAACGCGGGCGGCGACGCCGGCGCCGCUAACACGGGCGUGGCGAGGGAGGCCGCGGCCGGCCAGGCGGCGCUGAGGCGCGCGGCGGACCUCCUGACCAUCUGCGGCGCCGCGCGGGCCGCGGGCGCGGCGGGCGCCGGGGGCACGGGCGUCGGCGUCGGUGGGGGGUCGUCCGAGGGCACGCUGGCGCUUGCGCGGAAGCUUCACUACUCGGGGUUUGUUCGUGGUCUCGUCAGCCAAGCGCUGGCGGCGCGGGGGGCGGGCGGCGGCGCCGACGAAUGGGAGGAGCCGUCGGAGCGGCAGGCGACGGCGGUGCGGGAGGUCGCCGCCCAGCUCCAUGCAGCCUUGGCGCAGGACUCCGCCCGCUCGACCGCCGGCGGCGGCGCCGCCGCCGCGGCGGCCCCGCCGGCGCUGCACGCGGCCUCUCAAGACGACGCCCUGCUGUGCGCCGCCGCCCUGCUGGCUUCGCAGCCGGAGCUGGCCGGCGGGCGGCCGGCCGACCCCUCAGGCGCAGGCGCGGGCGUCCCCGGGGGUUCUUACGACGGCGGCGGCGGCGGCGGCGCGGGGCCGCCGCCUGAGGGGCUGCGGCUGCUGCGGGCGCUGUGCGCGGCGCCGCUGCGGCGGCUCGAGCCGGGGGCGGCGCGGCUGGCGGCAUUCUCCUGGACAUGGGUGGGCGGCCGGGCGGUUUUCAUUUCCAUUUUUUACCAACGCCUCGGGCUGUUCUCCGGCGGCCCCCACCCCCGCCGCGAUGGACCCGGCGCCAGCGCCAGCGCCGGCGCCGGUGCGGGCGCCGCCGCCGCCGGGGCGGCUGCUGCGGCGGCCGCUCCUCUUGCUGGGGGGGCCGGGCUCGGUCCCGAGCCCGAGCCCGGCGUCGACGGGGCGGCGCCCGGGGACGUGCGCCCUCAAGUGGUGGGAGAGGACGAGGAGGACGACAACGACCCGGAGGUGCUCGAGGCCAUCUCCGCCCACGACGCGUGGCUGGCCUAUCUGUCAGAGCUGUGGGCCGUCCUGCGCCUCAGGUGA